UAAAACCCUUUGCGCAUGCUCGAACUGGUUCAUCUCAAACCCAAACCCAAGAUAAUACAAAACAAGAGCCAAACAAAAACAAUAAUAUGAUGUGAUACAGGGAUUUGAACAGAAGAUGAGAAAACGAAGAAUGAAUUCACGAUGAAAAUGGACUUGAAUAAAAUCCUGGAAAGGUUUUUUCAAAACACGUUUUUCUUUCUUCUCCUUGGGUUUAAUUUCUCCGACGGAAUAGCUCCCUGUGCACAGGACGAGUUUCAGUGCGCUGAUGGCUCCAGGUGUAUCCCGUCCCAGUGGUACUGUGAUGGUAUCCCAGAGUGUCUGGAUCUCUCCGAUGAACCCGAAUCCUGUCCCGAACCGUCCUGCCAGGAGGGUCAGUUCUCAUGCAAGAAAACAGGGAAGUGUAUAAUGGAAGGCUGGUUGUGUGAUGGUGAGCUGGAUUGUGGAGGAUCAGGAGAAGAUACAUCGGACGAAGAUCCUCUUCUCUGCUCAACCAACUCAACCUGUCCUAAUGGACAAACCGCCUGUAGAGACUCAACCUGUAUCCGGACAGAGCUUCACUGUGACGGAAAGGUUGACUGUGCAGAUAACUCUGACGAAGGACCUUUUUGUGAUUUGUUGGACUGUGAAAGUUUCAACUGUAGCUCCGAGUGUAGAAUGAGCUGGCGGGGAGCUAAGUGUAUUUGUCCUACCGGAAAGCAACCAGCUGGUGCUCUCUGUGUAGACGCUAAUGAGUGCGCUGUUGAAGGAACCUGUGAUCAACUGUGUACAGAUCUACCUGGAACCUACCAGUGUGCUUGUCUUCCCGGAUACAAGCUUGUUCCUCCCUCGUCCUGCCUCGCCAUCAACUCCCCACUCAACCAACCUGCAUCUCUUCUAAUAUCAAGCACUGAUACAGUACAAAAUAUCCAUCUGGAUGGAAGAACGAUUAAAAAAUUAAACACAUUGGACUCAUACGCCAUAGAUUUCAACCAUAGAAACCAAUCCUUUUGCUGGAUCUCACACUCAUACAACACUACCCCAACAGUUUCAGGUUCCUCUAUGAGUUGUUCUAGAAUAGAUAUGUCGGAGAACUGGAGUUUACCUGAUCCAGAUCUAUUCCCCUACUCCAACGUGAACCAGAUUGCUCUGGACUGGGGAAGUGGGAACUGGUAUUAUCUGGAUGAAUCUAGAGAAUCUAUAUUCCUGUGUCGACUAGUGGAAGGAUCUACCAAACAGUUUUGUAAAGUUGUGAUCAAUACAAGAAUGAGUAAACCUAGAGGAAUUGCUCUGGAUCCUUCUGCAGGUUUCAUGUUCUUCACAAGCAGUGGUUCAGCUCCACCCAGGCUAGAGAGAGCAGGGUUGGAUGGUUCACAACGGAAAAUCCUGGUUGAUACUAAGAUAGUCUAUCCCUAUGGAGUAACCGUAGACCAUCCAAACAGGCAUGUUUACUGGGUGGAUACGUACUUAAACUACAUAGAACGUUGCUCCUAUAACGGAGAAGGAAGGAUAACAGUGGUUCGAGGCUCUCCAGUAGAACACCUUUACACGCUCUCAAUCUUCCAAACAAGUAUAUUCGUCACAUCCUGGAGAGAAAACUCAAUUCUUCAUCUGGACAGAUUCAAACCUACAAAUAUUUCCAAAAUUGUUCAAUCCAAAUCCCGCCCGUUCUCUGUUCAAGUUUACCAUAGAGCUAGGCAACCUCUGUAUACCAACCUAACUGUAGAUAUUCAUCCAUGUUUGGAGAGGAACCCAUGCCAACAUUUUUGCAUCCCGCUCUCCGUGUCUCCGUACUACAAGUGUGUGUGCAGAUCAGGGUUUACUCUCUCCAACUCCGGGUCCAACUGUAUCCUGCAAACUGUCAAGAAUAUACUUAUCUUCGGACAACAGAAACCAGGGAUGAUCCGUGGAAUCACAUCCAGCAGCAUGAAUACAGAUGUAAUGAUACCCGUCUCUGGGAUCUCUAGACCAACCACAAUGGAUUUCCAUUUUAAAACCAAAUAUCUAUACUUCUCUGACUCCCAAGCUUUAAAGAUCGAACGUGUGAAAAUGUUUGAGAACAAGAUGAUCCGGGAGGAUUUUAUCACUGAAGGAUUGAACAAGGUUGAAGGAUUAGCUGUGGAUUGGGUUGGAGAGAACCUGUACUGGAGUGAUGAAGGAUUACAGAGUAUAUUUGUGAUCUCUCUUCUUGAUCCUAGCUCAAGGAGGACCUUGAUCAACUCCGGGACCAGUAAUGUAAGAUCAUUGUCUUUAGCAGCUGGGAAGGGUUUGAUGUUCUGGACGAACUGGAACAAUAUUGAAGGCGGGAUAUCAUUCUCUGGUACGAUCUACUCCGGUUGGAUGGACGGCACCAAUAUACAAGCUCUGGUCACAUCAGAGCUCCAGUGGCCAAAUGGUCUUGUUUACAACUCUGACACAGAAACUUUGUAUUGGUGUGAUACAUUCCUAAAUAAGGUUGAAUCCUUAAAACUCGGAGAUGAUCUAAACAAGAAUUCUGUCUCGCAACGGAGAAAACUUAUUCUUUCUGGAGAGCGGUAUACAUCCCGUCCCUAUGGUCUCACGUUCUACAAGAAUGAACUGUUCUGGACUGAGUUUAUUAACGGAAACAUUAUUACCCACAACCUAGAAACAAAUAUAACCUCAACCAUUCUCAAGAAUAAUCCUCAAAUGUUUGAAAUCAAAUACUUCUCUGCAUCUGCGCAGAAGGUGUCAAAGAUGGAUUGUUCUGCGCUGAAAUGUUCUCACCUCUGUUUGAUAACUCCUGCAGCUCCUGUAUGCUCCUGUCCUAAUGGAUUACAGUUAAACCUGGAUAUGAAAACCUGUGAUAAGAAACCUGAUAUCACAAAUGCCGAGUGUAAGGAAGGAGAAUUUAAGUGCAAUGAUCCCUCAGGAUUGUGUCUAAGUCAGGAUAAGGUUUGUAACGGAGUUAAAGACUGUUCUGAUGGUUCGGAUGAAACCCUGACCGAGACUUGUUUCCAUGAUGGAACCUGCUCCGAGGAGCAGUUCACCUGUCUCACUAGCUCCGAAUGUAUAUCUAAGAUGUGGAUGUGUGACGGGGAUGAGGACUGUGAGGAUGGAAGUGAUGAAACUGAAGAAAUGUGUUCUACCCUGGAGUGUGAGGAGGAUAAGUUUGAGUGCUCCGGUGACGGUAAAUGUAUCCCUGGGAGCUGGGAGUGUGACGGAGUACCUGAUUGUCCUGAUUCUAGUGAUGAACACCAGGGUUGCUUCAAUGUUUCAUGUUUAUCUACUCAGUUCACCUGUGAUACCUACAAGUGUAUACCCAAGGACUUCAAGUGUGACGGAGAGGAGGAUUGUACGGAUGGAACGGAUGAACAAGGUUGUCCGCAAAUCUGCGAGGAUGGACUGUUUUUCUGCUCCGUUGAUUGGCAGUGCAUACCAGAGAAUUCUAUCUGCAAUGGACAGAAGGACUGUACGGACGGAGAGGAUGAGAGAAACUGUCCAACUCAGCUCCAGAGUCGGUGUGAACCAUCAGAGUUCUUCUGUGGAGAUGGAACUUGUCUCCCAAGUAAGUUUGUUUGUGAUGGGAACCAGGACUGUGUGGACGGAUCAGAUGAAAAUCAUGGGAACUGUACAUCUAACUGUAGAAGCAAGGAAAUAUCUUGUAUUUCCGGACAUAAAUGUAUCCCUGUAUCCUACUGGUGUGACGGGGACAUAGAUUGCGAAGACGGAUCGGAUGAGUCGACAUGUAACAGUGUGAUGCAUUGCAAUUAUCCGAAUCUGGAAUGUGACUCAAGGUUGAAUAAAACAAAAUGUAUUAAUGCAGAGAGAUUAUGUAACGGAGUCCAGGAUUGCAAAGACGGAUCGGACGAGGGAUUGCUUUGUCCUGAGAAGCAGUGUGAUAGUUUGAUAAAUACCUGCUCCGACGUGUGCUUUAAUUCUCCUGAUGGACAUCGUUGCUCCUGUCCAGCAGACCAGUACCUGGAUCAAUCUCGGACCAACUGUACAGACCUUCAUCCUUGUAGUCAGUGGGGCACAUGUUCUCAACUCUGUAAACAAAUAUCAGGACACAGGCAUAAAUGUUUCUGUCAUAAAGGUUACUCUCUCCAGUCGGACAAGUUUACAUGUAAGAGUAAAGAUGAAUCUCAUCCCAGAAUAGUUUUCACCAAUAGACAUGAACAUAGAGCUAUUGAUCUUAGACGUGGUAAAGCUAGAACCAUUCUCUCCAACCUGAAGAACACUAUAGCUCUUGAUUUUUUUAUAUCCAAGAGUAAAACUGAACUCUUCUGGAUGGAUCUGGCGGAUGAUUCUAUUUAUAGAGGAACCUUGAACGAAGAAAUGAUCUCCGACAUGAAGCAAGUUGUUCACUCCGGACUCACCACGGCAGAAGGUUUGGCUGUUGAUUGGAUCGGAGAAAACUUGUACUGGAUUGAAUCCAACUUGGAUCAGAUUGAAGUAGCAAAAAUCAAUGGAUCCUUCCGGAAAACACUGAUCUCAGGAAACAUGCAUAGUCCUCGCGCCUUGGCUCUGGAUCCUGGAGAAGCUAUCUUAUUCUGGACAGACUGGGAUUCUGCUGGGAACUCAAGAAUUGAGUCCUGCUCUAUGGACGGAGAUGAGACCCAGAGGAGAAUUGUUUUCCUGGUUUCCAGUUAUGGAGGAGCUUGGCCCAACGGGUUAACCCUGGAUUAUCUUGUAAGACGUAUUUACUGGAUAGAUGCUAGAAGUGACUCGGCACACACAACAUUCUACGACGGGUCCGAUCACAGAGAGAUUCUCCGAGGUCAUCAAUAUCUUUCUCAUCCUUUCUCUCUUGCUCUGUUUGAAUCACAUAUCUAUUGGACAGACUGGAGAACUAACUCAGUUGUUAGAGCAAACAAAUGGAACGGAACCGAUAUCAAGGUUAUGGAUAAAACUUUAAACAAACCUUAUGGGAUCAAGGUUGUCCAUCCUUCUCUUCAAAUCCGUCCUAGAAAACCUCAUCCUUGCAACCUAAAUAACGGAAACUGUUCUCAUCUAUGUUUAUUGGGAUUGAAUCGAACUGCAACCUGCGGUUGUCCGCAUAUUAUGAAGCUCUCUGUAGAUAAGAAAACCUGCGAAGAGAAUCAUGUGAUGCUUCUCUACUCCGCCGAGAAUGAGAUCCGAGGAGUUGAUCUAGCAAACCCUGCUCAUCAUCUCAUCCCUCCCAUUCCUUAUCCUAACACAGUUUUCCCUAAUCAUAUUAACUUCCUGGCCAAAAGUAGGGAAUUAUUUUGGAUGGAUACAGGCAACCCAAGUUGGCCAAGUAUCCGGGUUAUAAGACGAGCUAGUAUAGGAGGAGAAGAUAACCAAGUUCAUGUUAUUGUAGAAGUUGUUGGAUACGAUUCUAAGGAUACCCUGGCCCAGGGUCCGACAGCUAUAGUUGGAGGACUGUCAAUUGAUUGGAUCUCGGAAACCCUGUUCUACGCAAGCUCGGACGAAGAGAACAAUGACUCCAGUAGUAUCUACGCUAGUAAACUGGAUGGAACGGGAGUUGUUAAGAUAAAAGAUCUCCCGUCAUUAGUAAAGGACUUACUCGUGGCUCCAGAGCUAGGAAUAAUAUUCUGGCACGAAGUGAACCUGGAGAACUCAACUGAAAGUAUAAUGAGGAGCUGGAUGGAUGGAACUGAUAUAGCUGAGAUUUACUCUGUUCUAAGAUCAGAAGAUGAUCCUUACAAUCUGAGCUGUUUAACCUUUUACUCGGAGACAGAAGAUCUUUAUUGGAUUGAGAACUCGGAGCUGAGACAGUAUAAUAUUCACGCAGGAUUACUUGAUUCCUCUUCGUACCUUCCAUUCCCUGGGAUAACAGCGUUAACCAUCUAUAAUCAAACCUUCUUCUAUGGAAAAAAUCACGGAGGAAACUCGAGUAUAAUGUCUCGAGAUUUGAGAAACGUGGACCAGGUUUUAAAGAACCUGACGAAUGUGGUGUUGUCUCUACAAGUCUAUGAUCGUAAAAUGCAGAUUGGGGUGAAUAAAUGUGGAACUAAUAAUGGAGGUUGCCAACAUCUCUGUGUACCUGUUAAACAAGGAAAAAUCAGAUGUAUGUGCAGUAUUGGUUAUCAUGUCAGUGAAUUCAACACCUCGGAGUGUAUUCCCAUCCCACACUUCCUGCUAUAUCUGUCAGAUAACAGGAUUCAAGGCAUGUCUCCGUCCAACUCCCACCAAAGCAGUGUUCUAGUUCCAGUUCCUAACACGGGUCAACCCACUUCAGUUUCAUACCUGGCAGCAGAGAAUAUAAUAUUUUGGUCAGAUAACGGGGUCGGAGAAAUAUGGAGGAUGAAGCGGGAUGGAACGGAGAAGAAAAUGAUCUUGGAUAAACUUGAAUCUCCUGUUUCUAUUGCAAUAGAUUGGGUUGCAAAGAACCUGUAUUGGACGGAUGAUAGAACAGAUGUUAUAGAAGUUUGUAGAACAGACGGAAGGUUCAGGAAGGUUAUCAUCUCUGGAGGUCUAGUUAGACCUUCAGCUAUUGAAGUGUCUCCUGCACAUGGUUUUCUCUUCUGGGCAGAUACAGACAUAAGUGGAGCAAAGUUGGAACGAUCUUUCUUGGAUGGGUCAGGGAGAAAGGUCAUUUCUGAUAAUACAAAAAUGAAUUUUGUGACUGACAUCAGUCUGGAUACAAUUGGUGAAUGGGUUUAUCUUUGUUAUCUUGACUCAUCUAAUGGAGAAGCUUUUAGCAGGGUUUCAUUUGAUGGAGAUACAUUUGAAGUGCUACGAAAAAAGGAUGAAGACCUUUUCAGAUCUCCUGUAUCCAUUACCUAUUUCGAGAACAAGCUCUGGUGGAUGGAUGUCAAUUACAAACUUGGCAGUAUUAACUAUUUCGACAUAGAUCUCAGCUCUGAUGUAAAAAUCCUGAAGCAGAAUCUAGGAGACAUUACUAAUCUAAAGGAUAUAGAGAUGUAUAGCCAGUCUUUACAAGACCAGAAUGUUACAAAUGUCUGUAAGAAUCCUUCUCAUUGCUCUGAACUCUGUCUAUUCAACGGACAGGAAGGAGUUUGUCAAUGUUCAUUCAGGAAACUAGGUGAAGAUAAGAAAACCUGUGUUGACCACAGCGCAUUCAUAUUAUUCUCCGCAGGUUCCGUCAUAGAAAGUUUACACCUGAAUCCUGAAAAUAAUUUAACACCCCCCAUCCCCACAAUCUCGAAUAACGUUUCACUCCAGAAUGCGAUUGGAUUGGCAUAUAGUUACCAGGAGAGUACAAUAUUCUACUCGGAUAUUCAGGCUGGAACCAUCAACAGUGUUUACUUUAAUGGAACUGGAUUUAAGAAGAUUUUGUCCGGACAAAGCUCAGUGGAAGGCCUGACGUUUGAUAGUUUAAGAAACAUUCUUUACUGGACUUCAACAUCUGAUAGUUCAAUCAGAAAACUUAAUAUCUCUAACUCUGAUGUUUUAAGGACAGAGCUAGUUGUUCAACUAAGCUAUGAGGAUAAACCGCGGGGGAUAGACAUAGAUAUUUGUACCGGUAUGAUUUACUGGACAAACUGGAACAGGAAAAGACCAUGUAUCCAACGUGCAUUCUCAUCUGGAUUCCAGAAACAAGAAAUUGUAGCAGAUAAAAUUCAUAUGCCAAACGGAAUCACAGUGGAUAGUAAAUCUCAGAAAUUCUACUGGGCUGAUGCCAGGUUGGAUAAAAUUGAUAUGUGUAACCUUGAUGGAACAAGUUGCAAGACUGUAGUUUCCGCAUAUAUUGAGCAUCCGUUCGAUAUUGCAGUUUUUGAUCAGUUCCUAUUCUUCACAGACUGGAUGUCACAUAGUGUUGUAAAGGUAAAUAAGCUGUCUGGAGAGGAUAGAGUUGUUUUAAAAGAUGAGCUAUUGAGACCAAUGGGUAUCAUUGCUGUCUCAGAAAACCAAAACUUUUGCCCCAUCCCUAAGUGUGGGGUUCAGAAUGGUGGUUGUGAGGAUAUAUGCAACUCAGAACAAGGUUAUGUACAGUGUUCUUGUAGGACAGGGAGGCAUCUAAUGCCAGACGGACAAAGAUGUAUUUCCUCUGCUUCAAACUGCGCUUCUAAUCAAUUCCAAUGUUCUAGUGCAAGGCAGGAUAGCAUUGAGCACCUUGUCUGUAUUCCCUACGAGCUAACAUGUGAUGGGAUAGAUCAUUGUCCUGACAGAUCAGAUGAAAAGAUAGAAUAUUGUUCAUCAAGGUCUUGUCCUUCAAAAUUCUUCCAAUGCUCCAACAAUAAAUGCAUUCUCAAUGAUCUACAGUGCAAUGGUGUAGACAAUUGCGGAGACUUUUCUGAUGAAACCGAAUGUAAGUGUGACAGGGGAGAGGACAGUUUUAAAUGCAAAAUAGGUCCCUGCAUCUCUGAGAAGAAUGUGUGUGACUUCUCUCCUGACUGUCCUGAUGCCAGUGAUGAAACAAACUGCCCUCCUUUCAACUGUACAGAAGUUGUUAAAAAUACCCACCACAGAAAAGUAAAUGAGGAAUUAAUACCUUGUGUUCGAACCACUGCUUGCAUUCUACCCAGCUGGGUAUGUGAUGGACAAAAUGACUGCUGGGAUGGGUCAGAUGAGGAGAACUGCACCCUUGGUCCUGUUUUAAACACUCUCUGUCCAGACGAACAUUUUCAGUGUGAGGAUGGUAAAUGCAUCAUACAAGGUUGGUUGUGUGACCGUGACCUUGAUUGUAAAAACGGAGAAGAUGAACAGAAUUGUACAAAUACUUGUGGAGCACAUGAAUUUCAAUGUCAUGACAAAUCACAGUGUAUAUCCUUAGCUUGGCAGUGUGAUGGAACCCCAGAUUGUGAUGAUAGAUCUGACGAAGGACCGGAAUGUCCUGAUAAAGUAUGUAAAUCUGACCUUGAGUUUAAGUGCCCCGAAGGACACUGUAUUCCUAAAUCCUGGGUUUGUGAUGGGGAAAAUGACUGUGCAAGCAAUGAGGAACUUAGUGCUGAUGAAGACAAGCUAAUCUGCACUGAAACAUGUGAGAGUAAUUAUUUCAGAUGCGCCAAUGGACGUUGUGUUCUAAACCACUUCUUUUGUGAUUCAGACAAUGAUUGCGGAGACUUCAGUGAUGAGCCAGAGACUUGUGCUUACAAGAAAUGUCCUGAGAACUUCAUCCAUUGUCGGACUGGUGUGGGGUGUCUUGAGAAGAGACAGCUCUGUGAUGGAUCAUAUGAUUGUGCAGAUCAUAGUGACGAACUCACUGCAUUUUGUGAAGCAAAAAAUGUAACUGAGAAUGAAGAAAACUACAGACUUGGUUGUAGAACCCAUGAGUUUAGCUGCAACAAUUCUGCUUGUGUGCAUCUUGCAUUAAGAUGCAAUGGGGAAAAUGACUGUGGGGACUUCUCUGAUGAGAUGAAUUGUAAAAACCAAAGUUAUCCCUUAAAUCUGGAUAAAAGAAAACACUGUCCUCCUGGAUAUCAGCUCUCUUCAGAUUUAUCUCAUUGCAAAGCUAAAAGUCCAAUUCAACCCAAGAUUAUGUUUUCCAACAGGUAUUACAUUAGGAUGGUGGAUCUUUUGGGAAAUUCUGAAAUAUUUGCUAAAAAUCAAUCGAAUGCUGUAGCUUUGGAUUUUGAUUACAAGUCAAAAUGUGCAUUUUGGUCUGAUGUGACGGCCCAUGGUUCAAGUUUAAGAAAGCUUUGUAAAGUUGGAGAAGAAUCAAAAAUUGUGAACUUGGCCACUCCACAGAACCCUGAUGGUCUUGCCGUGGACUGGGUUGGAAGGAACUUGUACUGGUGUGAUAAGGGUUCAGAUACUAUUGAGGUUUCUAAUCUUGAUGGAAAAUAUAGGAAAAUCUUGAUAAAUGAGGGACUUCAAGAGCCACGAGCUUUAGCACUUGACCCCCUAGAGGGUUAUUUGUACUGGUCUGAUUGGGGAGAUAAACCUCACAUUGGAAGAUCCUAUCUGGAUGGUUCCAACCCAACUGUUCUGAUAUCAGAAAAUCUUGGUUGGCCCAACGCCAUCACAAUAGCAUUUGACUCAAAAGAACUAUUCUUUGGAGACGCUAGAGAGGAUUAUAUUGCAUAUUCCAACUUAGAUGGGACUAAUAUAAGAAGAGUGCUUUCUCGUGGACAGAACCCCAGUAUUAAUCUUCAUCAUAUAUUUGCUUUGACUGUGUUUGAAGACUAUGUUUAUUGGACAGAUUGGGAAACUAAGUCAAUUGAAAGAUGCAACAAAUAUGAUGGAGGUAACCAAGAAACCAUAUUAACAGCUAUACAUAGACCGAUGGACCUUGCAAUAUAUCAUCCAAUGCGACAACCAAGCCCUGUUUUUAAUCCUUGUGAAAACAAUGGUGGAUGCCAUGGCCUGUGUUUAUUAAGACCAGGAAGUGAAGGAUUAGAAAAAUCUUGUUCGUGUCCAGAAAACUUUAUUUUAUCCGAAGACAAAAUAUCUUGCAAAUCAAACUGCUCAACAAGCAUGUUCCUCUGUGAGAGUACAUUGAAAUGUAUUCCAUUUUGGUGGAAAUGUGACGGCCAAGAUGACUGUGACGAUGGUUCCGAUGAACCACAAGAUUGUAGAGAAUUCAAAUGUAAACCUGGCCAAUUUCAGUGCCAAAACAACCAAUGUCUUCAUCCAACUCAGAUCUGUGACAGCAAGGAUGAUUGUGGUGAUCAGAGUGAUGAAAAGAAUUGCAAUGAAUAUGAAUGUUUCAAGAACCAAUUUAAAUGUCCUGCAAAUGGAACUUCAGAUUCCUUCUGCAUAUCCACAGAUAAAAAAUGCAACAAAAUCCCAGAUUGUCCUGGAGGAGAGGAUGAACUGAAUUGUCCAGCCAGAGAUUGUCAUGUUUCCCAGUUUCAGUGUGGCAAUGGAGCUUGUAUACCUGAAGUAUGGGUGUGUGAUGAGGAAAAUGAUUGCGGAGAUAACAGUGAUGAGUUGGAAACCUGCAAAGCUAUGAACAGGACAUGCGGGGGAGAUUUUUUCAAAUGUGGAAAUGGUAGAUGUAUUCCUCCAAGCUGGAAAUGUGAUCGUGAGGUUGAUUGUCCAAACAAAGAGGAUGAACCUGACUCUUGUGAAAAGAUCUAUGAGAGUACAUGUGACCCAACCUAUUUUCGUUGUGGUACAGGAAGAUGUAUCCCUGGAAGGUGGAGGUGUGAUCAUGAUCAGGAUUGUGGAGAUGGGUCGGAUGAAAAGUCCUGUUCUGUGGAAGAAUACCGAACCUGUUCUGAAGAUGAGAGAGCUUGCCAUAACGGAAAAUGUAUUCACAAUAGUAAAUGGUGUAAUGGUAUUGAUGACUGUGGUUCAGAUGAUCGCACUGAUGAGAUGUUCUGUUACCUGGAGUGUAGUGAAGAAGAGUUUAAAUGUAGUUUCCCUCCAUAUUGUAUUUACAAAGAAUGGAGGUGUGAUGGGGAAAGAGAUUGUUCUGAUGGAAGUGAUGAACUGAACUGUUUUUCAUCAAUGUGCACUGUAGGUGAGUUUGCUUGCAAGUCAUACCAAGACACCUGCUCUUCAAACCAUUGUAAUGGUACUAAAGAAUGUAUUAACUCACAAUGGAAAUGUGACGGAGAACUUGACUGUCUAGAUGGAAGUGAUGAGGAUUUUGAAACAUGCAAGAACUUUGUCUGUGAACCAAACAGAUUCAGAUGCGACACUAAUAAGUGUGUUUUGUGGAGUUCUGUCUGUGAUGGAACCAACGACUGUUCAGAUGGUUCUGAUGAAACUAAGCAAGCUUGUCUCAUUUCUGGAGGCUGUAUUGACAAACAGAACUUUAGGUGUGAAAAUAAUAAGUGUAUUGACACCUCACUGGUGUGCGAUGGAACUAAUGAUUGUCUGGACGGUUCUGAUGAAAGUGAUUGCGAAAAUAAUCCUUCUUGUGAAUUUGGAACUUGUUCCCAAAUCUGUCAGGUUAAACUCAGGGUUCAAGAUCAGCAUGCUUCUACUGGGAACUCUUCAAGUAUAUGCUUGUGUUCUCCAGGAUAUGAACAGACUGGACAUAAAAGACACUGUAAAGCUAGCGGCUCAGAUCCUGUUUUGCUGUUGGCAAAUGAAAAUACCAUCAGGCAUUUAAAUCCAUAUCAAUCUCAUAAAAUGGUUCAGAUUGAUUCAUAUGGGCAUUCCAACCAUGAAGGUUAUGACCAGCUAAAAAUUGAAGCUAUAGACAUACUUUACCAGGACAUGGUUCCCACAGCAUUUGUUACUUUACAUAACAACAGAUCAAUCUUGUAUGUUAAAUUUGAUACUGAAAUAGAAACACAUAGAAGGCGUCGCAGCUUAAUAGAUCAGCAUACUGGAGUACUAGUAGAAGAUGGAGGCAUCCCUAAAGGUUUAUCUGUGGACUGGAUCAAUAAGAAUGUUUACUGGAUAGAUACAGAAACAUCUAAUGUUCGUCUGGUCAACUAUGUGUCCGGAAACACACUGACCAUUAUUCAAGGAAAAAUAGAUAACCCAGGAGAUAUUGUAGUUGAUCCUGACUCAGGCAAACUUUUUAUCACGGAUUGUGGUUCAAAUCCUAAGAUUCUUACAUCAAGACUUGACGGGUCGGACUUAACAUUUUUAGUGGAGAAAAAAGUACAAUGGCCUUCUGCACUAGCAAUAGAUUAUCCUGCCAGAAGAUUAUACUGGACAGAUUUAAAGUCGAGGACUAUUGAAUCCGUAAGGUUGGAUGGAAAGAGUAGAAAUGUUAUUGUAACAGUGGAACCGAAGCUAGGAAAACCUUACAGGAUUGAAGUGUUCGAGGAUACAGUCUACUUUACUACAUACAGGAUCAAUAAGAUCCUGAAACUUAAUAAGUUUGGAAAAGGAAACAUUUCUAUUGUAGCAGAAGAAGUUUUGGCUGUUUCAGACCUAGUUAUCAUGCAGGAGAACAAGCAUGACAAGAUGUACACAGCAGAUCCAUGUAGUUCAGCUCCAUGUGAGAAGUUUGGUUCUCAAGUUGUCUGUAUCUCUAUUCCUGGAGAGGACCAAAGACUGACCUACAAGUGUGUUUGUUCUGAUAAUUAUCAAAUGAGAUCUGGAAAAUGUUCCCAUUUAGCUGACACCACCACUGAGACAUGUGAUGGUAUGAACUGUCAUGAGGGAACAUGUGAAAUGAAGAAUGGGAAACCUGAAUGCAGAUGUAACCUUUUCUUCUCUGGAAAGUAUUGUCAAACCUACAUAUGUGCUGGAUUUUGUCAGAAUGAUGCACGUUGUAUUCCGUUGAACAAGAUCCAGACUGGAAGUGAGUACAGUGCCAUUUGUAUAUGUAAAGAUGGAUUUCAAGGAGAUCGCUGUGAGAUCGCCACAAAGGAUUGUCUGGACUAUUGCCAUAAUAAUGCAUCUUGUGAUAUAAACAGAAGCAGUCAAAAACUUGAUUGUAAAUGUAGAAAUCCUUUCUAUGGAGAAAGAUGUGAUCAGUGUCCUGGGUUAGAUUGUUCUCCAGGUCUGUGCUCUAUGGAUAGUAUCGGAGAACCUGCUUGUUCCUGUCCUCCGGGUGUGGACUGUUUAAAGAACUCCUGCUCUGGUUUUACCUGUUUCCACAAUGGAACCUGUCACAUGGUGAAUGGUCAGCCCCAGUGCCUGUGUUCGGAUAGCAUGUACGCAGGAAGACAGUGUGAACAGGAUAAAUGUCUUUCUAUAUUCUGUAGGAAUGGUGGAUACGGUCACAGGAUGGAUGGUCGCUGUGUUUGUGUGUGCCAGAAAGGGUUUACAGGAGAGAAGUGUGAGAAUACUCUGAGCGAGUAUCUCCCCUGUCUAAACUGUGAAAAUGGAGGAACUUGCCGAACCCUGAACGGAACCAAGGUUUGUGAAUGCUCCCCGGAGUAUGCUGGUCCAACCUGUAAUAUCAAGAUACCUACCGGAACCAGUCCGUGCAAGCAGUUGGUUUGUCAAAACGGAGGAGUUUGUCAGACCUUGCGAUCUAACCGUGGAAAAUAUUUUGCCCAGUGUAUCUGCGAUGAGAGGUUUAGUGGAGAGUAUUGUCAGAGUAUAAACCGUUGUUAUAAACAUUGUUUAAACGGAGGAACAUGUUUCCCUGAUGGAAGUUCUGUAAGAUGUCACUGUACUCAAGGUUGGAGUGGGGGACGAUGUGCUCUCAACUUCGGAGAAAACGAUGAGAGAAAAGAUUUGGAUAACAGCGCUAUUAACUCCUUGACUGUUACAAUAGUUACAGUUUCUAUAGUUGCUCUAGCACUACUUGGAGCUCUAGUCUACCUUACAGUAUUCAUCAUUCAACGCAGACAGUUAUCCUCUCCGUUUAAACACCAUCGGAUGAACGAGAGCGGGACGAGGUCAAGCAACCUGGAGUACUCCAACAGGAUGUUCUUGCAGGACGACGAGGCUCAGGACCAACAUGGUCUCUUCUCCAUGGAGGAGCUCCAACCUGCCGCUAACUUUGUAAACCCUGUUUAUGAAACUAUGUUCCUGGAGAACCGUUCCUCGAUAAUAAAGGACGGAACAGUCUUACAUCCUGAUAUCCUGGAGUUAACCAACCUAGAGUCGGAGAGGAGUGGUUUACUCCGAUCUACGGAUGCGCCACCUGCCGACGGUAGACCGGUUAUUCACACUGAUUCAGAUUAAUCUUCAUAUGUUCUCCCAAUCCAGGGCAUUAUAGAUCUAAACCUACUCCUAGGUUGUAUCUAACACUAAACUAUACUACCGAACUGAAAUCUAAUAUUAAGUUUAUAAUAGUGCUCGGAUAUCCACACAAGCUUACAUUUCAUAUAAGAUUAGCUAUACUCCUUUAUUUAUAUUAAAUAGUCACGUGAAAAUAUUUGAAAAUUUGUUUUUUUUUUGAAUAAUGAAAUAAUAUUUACAGUCAAAUAUUUACAUCGCCACAAAAAUUACAUUUUAAUGCGUAUACCUAGGCUCAAGCUUAUUUUUUAAGCUUUAAAAUCUAAAUAUUUUAUUUGACGUUAAACCUAUGUUUUCUUACCCAUUCAUGAAAAACUAAUCAAAAUAGGAUUACUAAAUUAAUUCUAUUCAAAAUAUUUUUUUUAUAUUUUCUUCUUUGUAUUUGGAAUAUUUCCAUCCAUCAUUUCAAGAUGAGUUUAGUAUUCUACCAAAGCUCUGGUUUAGCGUCCGUAAGACUUUAAACUAAUUGGCCUAAAAUGUUUUGCACAAGCUGUUGCCAAAUAUUGCCAUCUCGUAUUUAAUAAUUUGCUUUGCAGUACACAAUUAUUGUUGUUUACUUUUGUGAUAUGUUGUUUAUUGUAGAACGCCAUGUUUUUUUGGCAAGGGAACCAAUACCAUAGCAUUGUUAAUGUUCCAAUCCAAGUAUGUUUUAGUGUUCUAUCACAGUAUGGCCAGGUAAAACCUUUGUCUGGUAAGUUUUCCAUUUCUGUCUGGUAAGUUUUCUAUUACUGUCUGGGAAGUGUUCCAUCACUGUCUGGUAAGUGUUCCAUUACUUUCUGGUUUUUGUUCUAUUACUGUCUGGUAAGUGUUCCAUUCCUGUCUGGUAAGUGUUCUAUUACUGUCUGGUAAAUGUUCCAUCACUGUCUGGGAAGUGUUCCAUUCCUGUCUGGUAAGUGUUCCAUCACUGUCUGGGAAGUGUUCCAUUACUGUCUGGUAAGUGUUUCAACAAUAUUUGAUAUGUGUUCUAUUUCUGUCUGGAAAGUGUUUAACAACUCUCUGGUCAUUGUUCUGGUUUCAUAACACGGUUUUAAUCCUAAAUCAAAUGAGCUUCCAUUUUUCUUUGGUUCUUUGUUUUCCUGGUUCCUUUCCAUGGUUUCCUCAUUUCCUUUUUCUUUAGUUGUUCCCUGAUUCCCUUGUUCGUAUUUUUCUGUAUCCCUUGUUCUAUGGUUCCAUGGUUCCCUGGAUCUCUGGUUCCCCUGUUCGAUGGUUGUCUAGAUCUCUGGUUCCCUUAUUUGAUGGUUCCAUAGAUCACCAUGGUUCCCUAGAUCUUUGGUUCCUUUGUUCGAUGGUUGUCUAGAUCUCUGGUUCCCUUGCUUGAUGGUUCCAUAUAUCUCUGGUUCCCUAGAUCUCUGGUUCCCUAGAUUUCUGGUUCCCUUGUUCUGUAGUUCCCUAGAUCUCUGGUUCCCUUGUGUGAUGGUUUCCUAGAUCUCUGGUUCCCUUGUUCUAUGGUUCCCUAGAUCUCUGGUUCCCAUGUUCGAUGGUUCCCUAGGUCUCUGGUUCCCUGUUCUAUGGUAACCUUGUUCGAUGGUUCGAUGGUUCCCUGUUCAAUUGUUAUUUUGUUCGAUGGUUCCCUUGAUGCUUUGAGUGAAAUGAAUCUCUUCAGUAUUUUAAUUAUAUUUGUUUAAUCUUUCGUUAUAUAAUGUUGUGCCAAAUACAUUCAGUUUAUCCAACACAUUAAAA